UCUCAGUGAAAUUAUUAGAGAAGAAAUUAUGAUCUUAGUAUUUUCAAAUUUUGAUAUAUAUUUUUGUUACAGGCUGUUUGGAGUAGGUUUCUUCCUGUUUAUGAUAAACUAAUGGAAGAAUUAAAAAAUAUUGGAGAUGUGUAUUACAUACAUUCAUGUUUUGGUAUUUUCCUUGAAAAUGUUGACAGAGUUGGUAAAAAGAAAUUAGGUGGAGGAACUAUUUUAGAUUUAGGUAUUUAUACUGUCAACGCUAUUAGCAUGGUAUAUGAAGGUUUAAAGCCUAAAAAAAUAGCAGCAGUUGGUCAUCUUAACUCUGAUGGAGUUGAUGAAAAUAUGGCAGCUUCUCUUAUAUAUGAAAAUGGAAAGUUAGCGAAUAUCAGUUCUUCAGCAAAAUGCAAUUAUUGUUGUGAGUUAGUUAUAUCAGGAACAAAAGGAUGUAUAAAGAUUCCACAUCCAAUGUGGUGCCCUACCAGUAUAAUUACACCAACAGGAAAGUAUGAUUUUCCAUUACCAGAUACUGUGACACCUUGUAAUUUUACAAAUAGUUCUGGGUUAAGGUAUGAAGCAGAAGAAGUAAGAAGAUGCUUAAAAGAAGGUAAAUAUAAUAAUAUAAAUAGAGAAUAUAUAAUUAUUCACAUCCAUUAAUAAAGUCUAUAUCAUUAAUGUUCCUUGUGUACUGUAAGUUACUGAAAAAAAGCCAAAAUAUAUGCUUAAAAAGUCUACAGAAAUUGAUAAUGAGAAUGAUGAAUUAACAACUCUGCAGUGAUUGAUGGAUGUACCUGUCAAGGGCAAUCACGUAACACUGGAGAACGACAUUGACAUCCGCAAAAAAAUUCAUAUAAAAUACCUGGAUCAUUUCAUGAAGUUGUAGAAUUUUCACGAGUAGUUGGAUUCUCCAACUUUGUUUUGGAAUAUCCUUCAAUUCUCAAGAAAAUUAAAAUAAAUAUGAAAUUUCAGAGGGCCAUCUAUCGACAUAAAUCGAAUUUAAACCUCCCGCCAUCAUCUGAUUGGUUAAUGAUAUAAUUAUGAUUUUACUUCACGAGAAAACAAAAUAACAA